AUGGCGCGCAGCGGGGUAGGAUUCAUGGCUGGAGUAGUCGUUGGCGUCAUCGUUAUGGCGAGGCUAGGGCCCCGUGAGGGUGAGUCAGCUCUCCAUGAGCCUGAGGCUUCCUCGCGUCUGUAUCCGAUCAACCAGACGGGAUCAAACACGUCACAUAGCUCAUCUCCAUCCAUGGCAGCGGAGGUGCUCGAUGCAGAAUCGGCUCAGAAUAAGAGCUUGCCUCUAGAUAAGACAAGGUUGACUACUCUGCUGGCCAAUAGUUGGAUGCGUCCAGGGUUAAAGUCAUUCUCUAGAUUGCUCCAGGAUCAUGACGUGCGAGCAUGUAUCUCGAGCAUCACCAAGGGGUACUGGCUUGCAGAUGUGUUUGUGUCUCAGUCACCCCUCAAAUGCGGUUUUCGAAUGUUUGACUGGCGUCAAGCACAUGAAAUUAUGAAUGGAAAGCACUUGUCGCUUAACGGGGACUCUUUGACUCGUCGUUUAACAAACACUUUCGAUGUCUUGCUUUCAAGUCAGAAAGGGUUUCGCAGCAUUGCUAACAGCAAGCUGUCCACAGGAUGGCACGACCAGCUGCACAGAGAAUACAAGCAGCGCAAUAGAAGCAGCUCUCUACAUUUCUUUUGGAACGAGGGUGUGUAUGUGCACGGACCAGGGAAAUGCCAUGUGGUCCGUCGAGCGGGGGAGGCGUACACUCAGGUCAUGUUGGGUUACGGUCUGCAUCACGUGAUCGAUCACGGGUCUCGAUGCGUCGGGGAGUGUCCAGACAGAUUCGUCCUCUGCCUGCAGACUGCGGUCUGUGACUUGUGCAGUAUGGGCAAGACACCGCACGGGAUAUGGAGGACUGCGCCCUAUUCGUCUGGGAGCAACAUUGUUCCUGCUAUCAGGGCCGUAAACAACAUCGCAAAAAGUCUGCUCUUCGUGAAUGGUUCGGUGUGGGAAAGUGCCAAGAUCGCUAGCUGGAAAGCUUCUCCGAGCAUCACCUCGUUUGGGGUCUCACGGCAGACUGCUGAUCGAGCCGUAAGGGCUAUGCAAGCUUGCUGCGGCGAGAGAGGCAGGUCCAAGAGGAAGCUGAACAUCUACCUGCUGGAUCACGAGCAGCUCUUGCUCGAUCGCUCUCAGGGAAGCAACAGAAUCACUGGCGACACUGAAAAUCAUUUCGGCGAUGCUGCACGGGUGGCGGAGGUCCAGACUCUUUUAAACCUUCUGCGACUAAUAGACCUAGACGAACGAUGA